ACUGUCUGAAUUUGGAGUACAAAUCGAGAAAUCAUAAAAGUCUUUCUACACCGUCAUGGCCUCAUUAGCUCUACACCAAACGCGCUCAUUUAUAUCCACGUUCAGGUCGUCAUGGGCGCAGCUGCCAGCUGCUGCUUCUCUAGCUGCUAACUUGGACCUGCGGCAAAAGUCAUUCAGUUGGGCUCUACCAGGCUUGCAGUCCCUACUUGAACUGCUUCCUCCCAUCGUCCUAGCAGUUCCAAAGAGUAAAAUUUCUCACUCGCGAAAGUCGAUGCGCAGUGCAAACAAGGGACUUAAAGACAAGCGGAAUAUCGUCAACUGUCCAGCUUGUGGAGAGCCUAAGCUCGCUCAUCAUGCAUGCAAAGCAUGCUAUUCUGCAAUAAUGAAGCGUUUUAGAAUGGAGACUAAGAGGUUGGCAACAGAGACGACGAAACGCAUGAGCGGGGGGAGCUGGUCGGAGGUCAAGGUGCCACCCAUGAUUGAGAGCCCUAAGGACUCAUGAUCUCCAGUCAUUUGCGCAUUCCGUGCUCUAGAGUGAUCUGUGCCGUGGCCCCAACGUCAGUUGGGUAGAUGAUAUUCACUGUA